UCCCUUCAGCCGUUCCGGGUCCCUCAUCUUCAUGACGAUGGUGGUAACCAACCCUUAUGCCGGACUCCUGGCCGACAAGUACGGUCAUCGUCAAGUCAUCUUCGUGGGUGGAGUCAUUUCGUCGCUCGCAAUCUUAGCAAGCUCUUUCGCGACAGAUUUCACCAUGCUCACCAUCACGUAUGGUUUGGUGGGAGGCAUUGGAUUUGGACUGAGUCACAUGCCUGCAAUUGUGAUGCUCAGCCGCUACUUCGACACCAAAAUCGGCACGGCUACGGGACUGGCGAUGUCUGGAACAGGACUCGGGACCAUCUUCAUGUCGAUCGUCACUCAGUACCUGGUCGAUGAGUUCGGCUGGCGUGGGACCAUGAUGAUCUUGAGUGCCAUCAAUGCCCACCUAUGCGUGGCCGCAGCGGUGAUGCGUCCGGUCAAACUGGGUUUGCGACGCAUGACCCCCGCAGAGGAGGCUAAACUAAAAGCAAAGACCAAAGAAGUAAGAGGCAUCACCUACAAAGAAUUGCCACAGGAGGACCCUGCAGCAAAAGGCAUGAGCAUCACAGCUAACCCUGUACAUGAACCUAACGGAACAGAGGGCGCUGUUUUCAGGACUAACACAUUGUUAGAUAGGGACAGAAACUCCAACUCACUAACUACAAAAUAUGUCAAGAUGGAUGUUAACCUUAAAUACAAUGGAUCCACACAAAACGGAACAUUCGAGACUAUUGAAAUAGUUCACAAGAAGGCAAAGGAGGCUGAUGCAAAUGGUAAAACAUCGCCUUCUGCAUGUUGCAGGGUAUGGUCCAACAUUGUGUCGUUCCUGGACUCCGUGUACGGUUUUGUACUUUGGAAGAACCCUAUGUACCUGUCUUUUCUGAUGGGCAUCAACCUAUCAUUCUUUGGGAUGACUGUAGUUUCUGCUCAUGUGGCGAAGCGGGCCCUUGAGUAUGGUAUAGAAGACAUGUACAGCACAUUGCUGGUGGCAGUGUUAGGUCUAAGUCAAGCAGUGGGUCGUAUCGUGUCCGGUCCUCUGGUAGACCGAUGUCGCCUUAACCCUCUCCGUCUCUACCAGUCCAUGGCUGCCUUAUGCGGGGUCUCCAUCAUCUUCAGUAUCUACCUCAAAUCAUUCUCAGCUCAGGUAGUGUUUUGUGCCUUGGCAGGCUAUACGACAGGAGCCUGUGCCACACUUCAAACUGUGAUGUGUGUAUCACUCUUCGGACCGGGUCAGAUGAAGUAUGCAUAUCCCGGUGUCAUUCUAGCUGUGGGGAUCGCCAUGCUCACCAGUCCACCCAUAGCAGGUCUGUGUCGCGAUCUCCAGGGAAAUUACCUGGGAGCUUUCUUCAUGGCCGCAGCUGCCUGUUUCUCGUCGGUGGUGGCGCACCUCCCUUUGAGCUGCACCAUCAAGCCAGGAAAGAAACAUGCUCACACUCCCAUAGAAGAUAACGACCCGUACUUAGGCGACGAAUUUGUCCCAAAAGUAUAAACUGUUUAUCGCUCUCAUCAUUUCCUUAUUUCCUUAUUUCUUUAUAAAAGAAAAAGACAUCAAACCGGUUAUGAUUUCAAUUACCAAUCCAAUAUUAUUCAUCUCUUCCUUUUUUGUCAUGAAAUGUUUUCUUAACGUUAUCCCCAAACUGACCAAUAAUAAAUUGUUGGAUAUUCAGGUAAAGUAGUAUUUUAAAGAAAAUCACAAAUAUGACCAAUAAUGUGCCACUGGAAACCAGGAAGCCUACAGAUGACAAUCCUUUAAGAGUUAGGUCAACUACGUAUCGAAUGAUACAAAAAGGAGGAGACAGUAUUAUAGUAAUAGUAGCAAUGUUAAUCGCCGAGUAGUCAUAGAAGGGGCAUUAUCUUAACAUUUCAUCUUCAUCAGUCGGGCAGCCCAUCAAAGUCUCGAAUAGUUCAACUUGGUGCUAUACCUGUAGGUUUUUUGGUCUGUGUCUUAUUACCAGCACGUUUCUAGAAUAUGAACUGUAUACUUGUGUGUAUAUUACCAACUCCGUUAUUAUCCCUUAUUUUAUUUUGCAAUUGCUGAAAUUUUGUACAGACUCUACACAUGGAAUGUAUUGAAGAAUAUUUCAUGUGGCAUGCAAUGAGUUAAGCCUUAAGCACUGCAUUAUUUUAUCGAUCAUUAUUUGACGUAUUGUGUGUGAAAGUUCACUCAUUUAAUCUUGAGUUAAAUGAUGGAAGGACUUGAUAAGCUUUUGUAAGCUUUUGUUAAAGUGUCUUGCAUGUAUUUCAAUGUUGCCUUUUUGAGAAAUUGUAACUGAUUUAGUCUUAUAGUGACGAGCCUCGUCUCAAAUGACAAUGGUGCUCAAAGUACUGAUCAUUCCAUUUCUAUAGUCAUGAAUGUCUUUACAUUAAAUAAAAGUGUGUGUAUGCAGACUACUUGAAUCUGGGUGAUAUAUCAGAUAAUAUGUAUAUAAGCAUCAGCUUCUAAACGCUUUUGGGUGUAAUACAGUAGCUAUUAAUUUAUAAACUGAUUAUUUUUGUCAUAGUUUUCUAAACUUUUGUAUAGCUUUAUUAUAUCCUGUGAGGAAAGAUUACUACGUGUAUUUUAAUUUGUGUAAAUCUCGCGUGGAAAUGUAUCAAAAUUCAAUCUGGUAUAUCUGCUCUCUCUCUCAUCGUAGAGCAGACAUUACUCUACCUCACAAAAGUAUGAUAAAAAACAGUGUGUGACACUUACUAUAUUUUACUAAAAAUGAAAGGAACACACCCUAAGCAUCCUAAGAGUUUGUUUGUAUAUUAAAGUUAUGAUCCACAAUGGAUGGAAAUUACUCAAAUAUACUUGUAAUAAGAGAAUAAAUUCUAUAUUAUUUGAAAAAGUUA